CUCGAAAGUAUCCACAAAUCAAAUUUUAUUCAUAGAGAUAUUCACAGUGGUAAUAUACUACUUGAUUUAAACAGUUCAGAAUUAAGAUAUCAAUGGAAAAUUGCAGAUUUAGGAUUAUCACAUCCUGAAAAUAUUUUAUUGAAUAAUGAAAUAUAUGGAGUAAUACCAUAUAUUGCACCGGAAAUAUUUAAAACUACUGCUACAUUUUCUAAAAAAUCUGAUGUAUAUAGUAUGGGUAUGAUUAUGUGGGAACUUACAACAGGUUGCAAACCUUUUGAUAAUAUUGGACAUGAUUACGCACUUGUUUAUCAAAUUAUUGAUGGUAUACGACCUGCAAUUACAGAAGAUACACCAGAGUGUUUUGCUAAUCUAAUGAAUAGUUGUUGGAGCUCUGAUCCUCAAGAAAGACCAACUAUGAAAAAAAUUCGUAAAAUUCUUGGUAGUUGG